UGCUGAGUUGCUGCGCUCCACACCAAGAUGCACAUCUUUUCACGGAUAUAACAAUCCCGACGAAAUCCCCAUGAAGAGACCCAGUUGUCCCUCCCAUCCUAAAAGCUCUGGCAUCCUCGCUGUCAGCCGUGCGCCUUCUCUCAAACCCACCCUUUGAUGUGUUUGAGCUUGACAGGAAGCUGCUCUGGCCAACUCUUUCAUGUUUGGCAGUCAUACUUAAGCUGGCUUUCCAGUCAACACCUGUAUACUUAAUAGUAUCAAUGAAGACACCCCCAUCGCGCUGUGUCGUCGAUCAUGCCCUGGACACGACGCACUCACCCUCUACCCGCGGUUCCGGCACGAGUUUCGUCCUUACUCUCUUCUGACGCCAGCGCCCCAGCACCAACCUACACCGGUCCAGACCCCACUACCGAGAUAACUCACCUCUACCUCACCUUCACCACCCCCCUCCCAAAGGCCAACACCACCCUCCGGCACCCCUCCAAACAACAGCAACCACCCAGUCAGCCCUCCCGACCACCAGACUUGACGCCCUAUACCAACCCGCAAACAUGGCCUUCCUCCCGGAAAUAUUUCCUCUUCACCCUCUCCUGCUUCGUCACCUUCCUGACGGCCUACACCGCCGGCUCCUACUCCCCGCCACAACACCUCAUCCAGGCUUCCCUGUCCGACCACCCGUCCGACGAAGCCGUCCUGGCAGGGAUAACAACCUUCUGUCUGGGCUUCGCCUUCGCGCCCAUGGUUCUCGCCCCGCUGUCCGAGAUGAACGGCCGCUACCCCGUGUUUGCCGUCGCCGGGGUCGUGUAUGUCGUCUUUCAGGGUGUGUGCGGGGUUGUGGACAACCUGGCGGGGAUGCUGGUUGCGAGGUUUCUGGUUGGGGUCGGCGCGUCGGUGUUCAGCACCAUGGUCGGCGGGGUCAUUGCCGAUAUGUGGGAUGCGGAAGGACGGAAUACCCCCAUGGCGGUUUUCAGCGGGAGUGUGUUGGUUGGGACGGGCGUCGGGCCGCUUGUCGGGGCGGUCAUGGCGCAGAGGUGGGGGGAUGAAGGGGAGAGGUGGAAGUGGGUGUUUUGGCACCAAGUCAUUAUGGGCGGUGUGACGAUUCUGUUGUUGGUGGUGUUUUUUAGGGAGAGCCGCGGGUCAGUGCUCUUGUCGAGGAAGGCAAGGACGUUGAAUAUGUGGUAUGAGAAGCUGGAGGGUGAGGGGUAUUUUGGAGUGUGGGAUACCGGGCGAUGCGAAGGCGAGGAGGCUAGUCUUCACGCCGUGUCGGUCACGGAUGGUUCGGACGACGAGAAGCGAUUGAGGUCGGGGCAACGCCACACCGUCGCCGGACUCAGACGCAUUCGAUGGCUGGUAAAGGAAGAUGAGGAGUGGGCCGCUUUGGGGAAGAUGAUCGCCAUCUCGGUCUCACGGCCGUUUUACCUGCUCUUCACGGAGCCUGUCGUCUUCCUUUUCUCGCUAUGGGUGGCGUUCGCAUGGGGCAUCCUCUACCUUACCUUUGGCUCCAUUCCACUGGUCUUCCAGCGCGUGUAUGGCUGGUCUCUCGAACAAGCUGGCUACGUUUUCGUGUCACUCAUCAUCGGCGCCCUCCUCGCAACUGCCAUUGGAAUCUGGCAGGAGCAAAUCCUUCACCAUCCUCAAUGGGCAGAUGCUCCCCGCGAGGCUGCUAGCAGCAUCAUCGGUGGCGACUGUUCCGACGACUCAAGCGGCAAAGGCCCUAUUGCGGCUUCCGCUUCCACCUCCUCCCGAUCCGACCGAUAUUGGGGUUUCCUUCGCCUGUAUUUUCCUGCCUCAGCCCCUGAAUCCAGGCUAUACUUCACCUGUAUCAUCAGCACCCUCCUUCCUAUCGGCCUGUUCAUCUUUGGCUUCGCCUUUCGGCCCAACACGCACUGGAUUGGCCCAGCUAUUGGCCUUGUGCUAGCCACGAUGGGCAUUCUAUCCAUUUACCUGGCCGUGUUCAACUACUUUGCCGACACGUACCACAACUAUGCGUCCUCGGCAUUGGCGGCGCAGUCCUUCUGCAGGAAUGUCUUGGGCGGGGCGUUCCCUCUUGUGACUGGGCCGUUGUUCCGGAACCUCGGAGAGGCUAGAGCAGGCGGCCUGCUGGGUGGUAUUGCUGCCGCCCUGACGGUAGUGCCGUGGGUGCUGGUCUUGUUCGGGGCCAGGGUCAGGGCGGGGAGUCCGUUUGCCAAUCAACUUUGAAGAGCGUAGCUCAGGGGAAAGGGCAGGUUCCUGGGACCUUCUUGGAGUGCUACAAUGCAUAUAGCGUCGAUUCAGAAUUACUGGUCUAUCAUCAGCUUAAGGCAUAUAUAUAUAUGUGGACCGGUUCAGAGAGUGGUAUAUUGCGGCCAUCACAGGCCAUUCAGUCAGAAGCCUAAUACUGAUGUCAAUCUAUGUCGUCGUCCGUCGUUCCGUUCUCUCCA